AGGAGAAUAAGAUAGAGAAGGAGGAAGUAGCCUCAGCCUGAGGCGGAGUGAUCCGGAGCUCUACAGGACACGGAUGCUAAACUUGAUGACGUGGUGCCGGGACGACGAUGGCCGACCAGAGCAGGCAAAUUAAACUCGCCGCAGCAAAGAAAAAGCUGAAAGAGUUUCAGCAGAAGAGUACACAGUCCACAGUCAACCCUGGACCGAAGAAGAAGAGGAAGGUGAAAGGAGGCGGUCAGGCAGAUUCUCUGUCUGCUGACAGACACUCGCCAGAACACAUUGAGAAUAUUCUCAAAGUUAUGGUGUCUGAUCUUAGUCUGACUAAUGGAUUAGCUCUUCCUCCUUUGCUCAACAGCCAGCAGGACCAUGGUGAACUGGGGGAGCGGGAAUCCCCGAAUUCUCAGAUGCAGGACGAUGCAGGAGAACCCGGUCGCUGCUCUCCUGUUUCUAACCUCUCCACUGCUACUAACACGGAGUGUCUCACUGACAGCGCUGACCUGCAGCAGAACUGUGACCUGGAUGCCAACGGUGAUGAACACGCUCUGGAGGAAAACAGGACGCUGUCCUCUACAGAGAGUCUGAGGCAGCUCUCUCAGCAGCUCAAUGGCCUUCUCGCCGAGUCACCAUCAUCAUAUGUCAAUGGCGAGACUGGACCAGCACCUGGCAACGAAAAAGACCUGGAGACUCGAAUCCAGGAGCUGGCAGAUGCUCUGGACUCCAGCACUGUAGAAAAUUCCCAGCUCACUACAAAGAUAGAGACACUGAUGAAGCAGUCUCAGGAGCUGUCUGAGCAGAUGCAGAAGGAACGGAAGGACUUCGAACAGAAGUCUGCGAAGGAACAAGGGGCGAUGCGCGAGCAGCUGCAGGUUCACAUCCAGACCAUCGGCAUCCUCGUGUCUGAGAAGUCGGAACUGCAGACCGCCUUGUCUUUUACACAGCAUGCAGCACGCCAAAAGACAGAAGAGGCAGAGGAACUGAAUAAUCGGCUGCAUGCCAGCAAGCAGAGGGUGUCUGAGCUGGAGCGGACUUUAUCCACGGUGUCUACACAACAGAAACAGCUUGAGAAGCAUAACAAAGACCUGGAGAAGGAUAGAGACAGCCUGCGACUGGAAAUCUUCAGACUGAAUAAUGUGAAUGAGGAAGCGAAGCAGCAGAGCUCCGAGCUGGCUGAACAGCUGAAGUUAAAAGUGAGUGAGAACGGCGCUCUGAGGCUGGACCUGGACGAACUGCGCAAACGCCUGGAAAUGGCCGACAUUAUGCUGCAGCAGUUUUCCAAUCAGUCAGGAGCUCCGUCCGAGCAACAACAACUGCAGCUACUCCUGGAAGAAAAGCAUCAGCUUGAGGUUCACACAGCACAGCUCAUGGAGUCGGUAGGACAGCUUCAGAGAGAGCGAGACCGGUACGCAGAACAGAUUCAGGAAGAGGGCCGGGUCUGGAAAGACAAAACCGAACAGCUUCUGACUCAGGUGACUCUGAUGUCAGAAGAGAGGGACAGAAGUGCUGCUCAGAUCCAAGAGCUACAGGCGCAGAUUUCGGAGCUGAAAAAUGCAGCAGCUUUACUGUCGCAGGAGAAGGAGAGCCAGGCCACCACUCAGGACUCCGGACCCUCGGAGAAGGAGCUAGCCCUGGAGGAGAGCAUCUACACCCUGCAGCAGGAGAGAGAUGCCCUAAGCCUGCAGUACCAAGCACAGGUUCGGGAUAACGAACAGCUGAGCCGGUUGGUGCAGGAGCAGGAGACGCGGCUGGAGGAGCUUGAGGCCCAGGCGCAGCGUGCGGCCGAGGAGGCUCAUGACAAACUGCGCAUCCUGGAGGACGUUCAGAGUGACAAAGCCACCAUCAGCCGAGCCCUCGCUCAGAACCGGGAGCUCAAAGAUCAGCUGGCCGAACUGCAGAACGGCUUUGUCAAGCUGACCAAUGAGAAUAUGGAGCUGACUAGCGCACUGCAGUCAGAGCAGCAUGUGAAAAAGGAGAUCGCUCGCAAGAUGGGUCAACUUCAGGAGGAUCUCCAUAAUUCCAAAGAGCAGAUGAUGGAGCGGAUACAGGAGUGUUCGUCCCUCCAGGAGCAGCGGGAUCAGUACCUGGCCUACCUGCAGCAGUACACUACUGGUUAUCAGCAGUUGGUCUCUGAACGGGAGCACCUUCAUAAGCAGUUCCUGCAGCAGACGCAGCUGAUGGACCGACUGCAGCACGAUGAAGUUCAAGGCAAAGUGCAGCUGGAGCAGAGCCAAAUAGAGCUCCAGCAGGCCCAGGAAAGACUUGACCAGCUGGCCAAGGAUAACGAGCAGCUCAAAACAGAGGUUCAGGAGCUACUGAACAGCUCUUCGUUAAAUACAUCACUCAGGGACCAGGGUGACGGAGUGGAAAGCUAUUCCCUACCGGAAACCUUCCAGAAAUCUUCCAUAGCCAUCCCAGAGGACUUUGAGAGCAGAGAAGAAAUGGAGGAGUUUCUGCACACUGCUCUGUCCCGUCUGGAGGGAGAGCGGGAUGAAAUUAUGCGCCGGUUAGAAGAAGAGAGGAGGCUACACCAGGCUGCACUGCAGCAAGUCGCCACUAUGAGUCAGGAGCAUCAUCAUCAUAGCGCAUUUUCUGAAACAGGGAGUACAGAUAGCGUUCCUGUAGAGGUGCACGAGGGACUGCGGGGCGCCAUGGAGAAGCUCCAAGAGAGAUUCACUGGCUUGAUGCAGGAGAAGGCAGACUUGAAGGAGAAAGUGGAGGAGCUGGAGCAUCGCUGCAUUCAGCUGUCUGGAGAAACCGAUACGAUCGGGGAAUACAUUGCGCUGUAUCAAAAUCAGAGAGCAAUCAUGAAGCAGAGGCACAUUGAAAAGGAGGAGUACAUUAGCAGGCUGGCUAAAGACAAAGAGGAGAUGAAGGCGAAGUUGGCCGAGCUGCAGGAUCUGGUGAUGCGUCUAGUCGGAGAGAGGAACGAGUGGUACACCCGCUACAUGAGUGCCAUCAAGAAUCCUGACUUCAUGCCUGCUGGAGGAGACACUGUCCCAACUGCAGGGACACAUCUGGAGCUGGAUGCUGUGGAUGGCCCAGUAUCAAUGGACAUGAGCACAGCUGUCAACAUGGCUCCAGACAUGCAGACGAGGACAGAUGAAAGCCCACAGGACACGCUCGUUCCCCAUGAAGGAUCUUCGUUGAGGCCCAGAGAGGACGGCACGGCUCGGCAGAUCAUGCAGCUUCUCCAGGAGAUGCAGAACCCCGAAACCCAGCCUCCUCCAUUCCUUGGCGAGAACCCCUGCAUCCCGUUCUUCUACAAGCCCGAUGAGAACGACGAAGUCAAGAUCAUGGUGAUCUGAAGGCCAUUCCUUACCUCUGUCUCUCUGGCUGGAACGAAGACCUUCCGCUUUUCACCUCCCUCUCUUUCUCUCUUUCUCUCUCUCUCUCGCCUUUUUGCACAAAUAAGAGCCAACGUUAUGACUCGCAUGAUGUAACUGGAGUUGUACUUCAAGAGUGUGUGUGUGGGCAUUUUUCAUUUACACUCGUUUCUGAGGUUCUGGUGGUGGGUGUGAAGGCUUCUUUAUCUCGGGCUGUUUCUUUAGCCGUAGUCACUAAAGGUUUAUUCAUUAUAACAAAUAAUGCAUAUUUUAUAUAAUCAUAUAUCUAACCUGGGGUACUCUAUCUGCUAUGUGCUUUUUUUAUUGGGUUCCUCUCUUAUAGUUUAAUCCUCUGAACUUUUGGUGCAACAGAAAGAAGUCUGACUCGUUCUUACGUCUUAAGUAAACGCCGAUCCUAAGGAUGCGAAUGUUAAAAUGAUCACCUUUCUCUAUAGCGCCUGGUAGACGGAGCACAUCUGCCUGCCUGAUGUUUAUCCGUUUCACGUCCACACAACAAGCUCCUAAUCAACUUUCCUAAGCACACGAAGAUUCCGUAUUAAUAUCGAUAUCCGCUCGAGGGAGAUCUCCAAUUCCUCAUAUCGACUCGGAUACUCCAUCAGAUCCUGUCCCCAUCCAGACGCAGGUCCAAACCUGGUGACGUAGUUAAUGGUCCGGUCAGGAAUCUUGAGUGUCCAUCAUGUGGUUAGAAUGAACCUAAUGUAAAGAAGGUAUUAUGUGAAAUGUCGAAAAGUCGGGUUAGUGUUAAAACUGGAAUAUUCCAUUUUCGUUACAGUAUGUGAAAGAGUAUUGGAUCUAAAAGGUUCCAGCAAGUUGUAAGGAAGUACUAGAUCACAAAAAUGCUACAUCAUAUCAUCAUCUUUAUUUAGAUCAAGCUACAGCGGUCAUAACAUCCAUAUUGCGAUAGUUUUUAACGACUGAAGCUGAAAGAACAAAUUAAGAAAUAAAAUAAUUUCUUGUACAUCAUUAUUAAACUUUAGCUCCCUUCACACCUGGAAAAACUCACUCGGAUGUGUAUAUAAUCUUUACUGGAGUGUGUUUUCAUUCCAAAUCCCACACAUGAAACUGCUCUAGAUGUAGAGAAAUGGCUGCUUUUUUGUUUUGUUUUGUUUUAUUUUAAAUACGCGUGUCUGAGAGUGAUGUGCAGUGUUUGUGAUCAGCGCCGGUGAACUCGAUGAUGCCAGCCAUGUUUCUAUUGGCUGAGAGUUUCCAGAAAUGGAAAAAAGGUUGUGUGUGUGUAUAACUAUUAAAAGUUUGUGUGGAGAGAGUUACAGAAAGUCGAGCUUCAGAUUUGGUUCGAGCGACAUGCAGGAAAAUUAGAACGUUGUCAUGGUUUAACUAAUAAGAACUGGAAGCGUGCGAGACCGACUCGUUACGCUACAACCAUGCACUUGUAUCUUGUUUGCCGCGGCAGUGAAUGUAUGAAGUGGAUGUCUUUCUAUCAGGGGUCUCGGGUUUUCUCCUUUCCUUUUGCUUUUCAUUUGUCUUAGAAGUGCGCUCGUCUUCCUGCACCCGUUAACCCACCAGCCCUAUCCCUCGCUUCCUCCCUCCCUCCCUCUCUCCCAGACCUUUCUAAUCUUUCCUGAAUGAGAAGUGAGAGAGUUAUUGCGCUUGUAACACACUUGUAAAUAGUGUAACUGUGUAACAUACUGUAUAUUUAAACCGGUGUGUGGGAAAUCGAAAUGAAUUUGAACGGAUACUACUACUAGUUUUCCUGCCUACUGUAGAAACAAAAAAAAAUGAAAGUGGGCAGGAUGAAGUGGGUGUGUGAGGUGUCUGUGAUUUUCGUAUGAUUUAAAGGUAAAAUGGAAAUAAUAUUUAUUUGGAAUAUGUACUUACACUAAACUGGUUUAAUUCAGCACACUCUUGGAACACAAUGAAGGAGUAAUCAGAGUUGAUUCACUUUUUUUUUUCUUUCUUUCUUUUUAAUUUUUUGGUUUUUGUUUGUUUGUUCCUCCUAAAUAAACCUGGGCAAAGUAAAAGCUUGAUGUU